GGGGGAUGCAGGGCUGGAUCACGUGAGAGCAGGUACAAGAGUAUCAGGGCUCAGACACAGACCAGCACAGCCAGGAGAGAGAGAGAGAGAGAGAGGGAGCAUUGCAUCUCAACACCUGCUCACCAGCCAGCAGCCCCUACACAGAAACAGCUUGUCCGAGAGCUGUUGGGGUUUGAUUUGAUUUUUUUUCAAACAAAGAAGAGAAGUUAUCAUGACUGAAGCAGAAGAAAGCGUGCAAUACAAUAACCACUACUAUGAGAGCGAGUUGGAGGUGUACAUGUUGCAGGAGGAGGACUGGGACAGGGACCUGCUGCUGGACCCAGCCUGGGAGAAACAGCAGAGGAAGACCUUUACUGCUUGGUGCAAUUCACAAUUGAGGAAAGCUGGUACACAGAUUGAAAAUAUUGAAGAAGACUUUAGAAAUGGCCUUAAACUUAUGCUGCUUUUGGAAGUUAUUUCAGGCGAGCGACUACCCAAACCAGACAAGGGUAAGAUGCGCUUCCAUAAAAUUGCCAAUGUCAACAAAGCACUGGACUACAUUGCAAGCAAAGGAGUGAAGCUUGUGUCAAUUGGUGCUGAAGAAAUAGUAGAUGGGAAUGUGAAGAUGACGCUGGGUAUGAUUUGGACAAUAAUUCUCCGCUUUGCUAUCCAGGAUAUAUCUGUGGAGGAAACUUCUGCGAAGGAAGGCCUACUGCUCUGGUGCCAGAGAAAGACCGCUCCCUACAAGAAUGUCACCGUACAGAACUUUCAUACAAGCUGGAAAGAUGGUCUUGCCUUCUGCGCACUCAUCCACAGACAUCGACCUGACCUUAUUGACUUCUCCAAGCUACAAAAGGAUGAUGCUCUUUACAACUUGAAUCUUGCCUUGGAGAUUGCAGAAAAAAAACUGGAUAUCCCCAAGAUGCUGGAUGCUGAAGAUAUUGUAAACACGCCGAAACCUGAUGACAGGGCUAUUAUGACAUACGUUUCAUGUUUCUAUCAUGCUUUUGCUGGAGCAGAGCAGGCUGAGAUGGCAGCCAACAGAAUAUGCAAAGUUCUGGUAGUGAAUCAGGAAAACGAGAAAUUGAUGGAGGAUUAUGAAAAACUAGCCAGUGAGCUUUUGGAAUGGAUCCAUCAAACUAUUCCCUGGCUGGAAAAUCGGGUGCCGGAAAAGUCCAUGCAGGCCAUGCAGCAGAAGUUGGAGGAUUUCCGAGACUACAGGCGUCUGCACAAACCACCCAAAGUGCAUGAAAAAUGCUAUCUUGAGAUCAACUUCAACACUUUGCAGACCAAGCUGAGGAUCAGCAGUAGACCGGCAUUCAUGCCGUCUGAGGGGAAUAUGGUUUCAGACAUUACAAGUGCCUGGCAGAGUCUUGAGCAAGUGGAAAAGGGCUACGAAGAAUGGCUCCUGACUGAAAUACGUAAACUCGAGCGCCUGGACCACCUGGCUGAGAAAUUCAGACAGAAAGCUGCUAUUCACGAAGCAUGGUCACAGGGGAAAAUUGACCUUUUGGGACAAAAAGACUAUGAAUCUGCAUCUUUGACUGAAGUUCGGGCUUUGCUGAGGAAGCACGAGGCGUUUGAGAGCGACUUGUCUGCACACCAAGAUCGGGUAGAGCAAAUUGCUGCCAUCGCACAGGAGCUGAAUGAACUAGAUUAUCACAAUGCCAUUGGAGUAAACGAACAAUGCCAGAACAUCUGUGAUGAGUGGGACAAACUUGGGACUCUCACUCAGAAACGGAGGGAAUCACUGGAGAGGACUGAGAAGUUAUUGGAAACCAUGGAUCAGCUGUAUCUGGAGUUUGCAAAAAGGGCUGCUCCCUUCAACAAUUGGAUGGAAGGAGCCAUGGAAGAUCUGCAGGACAUGUUUAUUGUUCAUACUAUUGAUGAGAUUCAGAUUUUGAUAACAGCACAUGAACAGUUUAAAGCCACCCUGGCGGAAGCUGACGCUGAGAAGCAGGCCAUUCUGGGAAUUCAUAACGAAGUGCAGAAGAUUGUUCAGACUUACAGUAUUACAGCGACUUGGUCAGAUCCUUACAGUACCAUAUCCCCUGAAGAAAUCCGUGCCAAAUGGGACAAGGUGAAACAGUUGGUGCCACAGAGAGACUCCGCCCUACAGGAGGAACUUGUGAGGCAGCAUUCCAACGAACAUCUGCGUCGCCAAUUUGCUAACCAGGCCAACAUCAUCGGACCGUGGAUUCAGCGUAAAAUGGAGGAAAUAGCCAGCAGCUCCAUUGACAUGAGUGGACCCCUAGAGGAUCAGAUGAACAAGCUGAAGAACUAUGAGGAGAUCAUCAUUAACUACAAAUCCAAUGUUGACAAACUGGAAGGAGAUAAUCAGCUUAUUCAGGAGGCUCUCAUUUUUGACAAUAAGCACACCAAUUACACCAUGGAGCACAUCCGGGUUGGCUGGGAAUUGCUCCUUACUACGAUUGCUCGAACAAUGAAUGAGAUUGAGACCCAGAUUCUGACCAGAGAUGCUAAAGGAAUCACCCAGGAACAGAUGAAUGAGUUCCGAGCUUCAUUUAACCAUUUUGACAGGAAGAAAAAUAAGGCAAUGGAGCCAGAUGACCUCCGAGCUUGUCUCAUCUCCAUGGGCUUUGAUCUGGGUGAGGCUGAGUUUGCUCGCAUCAUGAGCAUAGUUGAUCCGACCAGCACUGGCAUAGUGUCCUUCCAAUCCUUCAUCGACUUCAUGACCCAAGAAACGGCUGAUACAGAUACAUCCGAGCAGGUCGUGGGUUCCUUCAGGAUUCUGGCAGGGGAUAAGCCUUACAUUCUAGCAGAGGAGUUGCGUCGAGAGCUGCCCUCAGAUCAGGCGGAGUACUGCGUCGCUAGAAUGCCAUGUUACACAGGUCCAGGUAGCGUUCCAGGAGCCCUGGACUAUAUCUCAUUUGCCACUGCACUCUAUGGUGAAAGCGACCUGUAACUAGGAUUCAGAAGCAGAGCAUUUCCUUUCUUUCCAAUGCAAGUUUCAUCAUUUGGUUUUCGAAGGCUGAAUUAUUUAGUAAUUGAAAAGAUAGUAUGAUCGCCAAGUUUGAAAUGUUAGAGUGAACCUCCUUUUUUAAAAGGAAAUCGAUGAAAUAUGGUUUGCAAUACCAGCACAAUAUAAUUUAAGUACCAUAUUCUUGAAUUCCAUCAAUCUAUCAUUUUAAAAACAUUACAAUGAUUUGCGAGUACCUGUGUCACUGUAAAUUCUGAUGUCGAAACCAUUUCAUUUUGAAUCUCUACGUUUCCAUUGCUUAGUUUAUCAUUAGUUGUGUGUGAAAACAUAAAUUUUCUCUUUACAAACUCGAUCCUUUCUGCGUAGACUAAAUGAUCUGACAAUGACCUAAAUGACUGAGGAAUUUGUAAAUUCUAUUGCAAUCUUUCCAAAGGAAAACAUAAGUACAGUAUUCCUCAGCACCGAAGUGAUUGCACUCGCUGGUCCUUCCAAAUGCUAUGAAGAAUCUCUGGUUUGCAUUUUCUAUGAACUUCCACAUCAGAUUUUACAGAAUUCACUUUCUGACAUUUUAAGAGCAUGCUAUUUUCUUUUUAAAAUAUAACAAUAAAGUGCAGGCUUUUUGUAUUGACAAACAGUUUAUGAAAACUUUCAAAGUUUCAGAAAAGUACCUUUUGUCAUUGCAAUAAUACCUAUUCUAGAAAGGAACUAAGGACAUUUAGAGUUCAACUGACUGCAUGUGUAGCACUUUUUCUUAUAAAGUUAUGUGGACUUGUAAAAUAUAACAAUUACAUUUUUAUCAUUAUUGAUGCUUCACAUUUUAUUAAAAUGGAUACUUGUUAAACUGUCUGA